GGGAAAGACAAAUGAACGGUGCAACCUAAAAGUCUGCUCGUUUAUCUUGCUCGACUAUCGUCUCAUAGACGUUAAUUACUCCAAGGACACUACGCUCUUAAGUGUCCAUGAUUACUCGUACCACACCUCAAGUCGAACUAUGCCAAAAUUCUCCUUAAUGAACCGCCCAUAUUGAAUGGUCUUAUUUAUACCCCUGCCUUUUCAGACAUGGUGACUCAAGUGCUGUCCAAGAGCAUUGAAAGUGCUUUUCUAGCAAUAGGAUCUUGCAUACUCAUCCGCUUAGCAAGUCUCGUGGGCGAGGCCUACGUUCUGAGGCUUCAAACCAAAGAGCUUUUGGGCCUUGGAGUGCGUCAAAAGUUGUUGUUCGACACACUUUUGUUCCUUAGUCGAGAAGCAUUUCGAAAAGCCUGCUUAAGUCGACCUCCCGACCAGAAAUGGCAAGGAAUUAUCAACCUCAUAUGGUUGACUUUGCCUAUUGGUUUGGUGUUUUCGUGUUUCUUCGGUUUGAUUUGGAUCUUCGUAUUGGAACAGCCCCCCGAAGAGUACUACACUCAAUACAAGUGGUCCAUUCUGUUGAUGACCGUCAACUUGUUAUUCAUUCUGGCGGCAGAGCCAUUCCAUGUGAUUGGACAAGCCUACCUACAUGUGAAAUUCCGGUCGGCCGUUGACAUGUAUUGGGCUAUUUGUGGACCGCUAAGCAACAUUUUGGUGGUCACCUUCGUCUCUAAUUAUUCGGAUCGUCAAAUCUGGAGUGGGAUCACGUCGAUUAUUGGAAGUAUCCUCUUUCUCCUGAUGCACGUACUUUACUUUUGGUUCGUGCUGAGAAAGCAAAACGAUCUCAUGGAGAGGACGACAUCUGUCAAUGAGCCUGAUGCGAUCCCAUUUCAAUCUAUUGGAGAGUUCUUCCCGGAUUUCCGGAACUUUGCCAUUGACCAGGACCGAUGGAAGAUAUCCUGGAAUCUAAUCAAACAAGGCAUAUUCCGACAGGCUUUGAUGGACGGAGAAAAGUACAUGUUUGUGGGGUUCCAUUUAAUGUCCAUUCCUGACCAAGGGAUCUACGGAGCCAUUGAGAACUUCAUGGCCGUUCCACUGAAGUUGUUCUACGUGAAAAUGGAGGAAAGCACCCAUUUAUAUUUCAGUCAAACUGUCACUCGCGAACCACUGGCCGACCGGGUGAAAGAGGCCCUGCCCACGAAACAUCUGCAUCUCCUCCUCAAGACACUCACGUUGAUCGGAUGCAUUUUCGUGGUCUUUGGCAUUCCUUAUUCCCAUCCUCUCUUGUGGAUUUAUGCGGGAGACCUCUUGAUCAGAGGAUCUGGCCCUCUUCUACUUAAGCUCCACAUGGUCUACAUAUUUCUCCUGGGUGUCAAUGUCACCAGUGAGAGCUACGUCCUCAAUGCCCUGACCUCGAGGCAACUGGAACGCUACAACAAGGCCAUGGGGGCGGUAACAGUGAUCUACUUUACGAGUGUGUUUGGAUUGAGUCAGGUUUUUGGACCACCCGGGUUCGUUUUGGCCAGCAUUCUAAAUCUUGGGCUUAGGCUUAUCUACAAUUUUAUCUUGAUAGGGGACAGGCAUAAGGGCUCAAACUUUAGCCCACUUGACAAGUUAUUGCCCAAACCCAAGGUUUUAGCAGCCCUUACCACGGCGGUCUGCCUUUGUACGUCCUCAGAAUUCUAUUUGUACGCAGACCCGCCGCAAAAAAUGCUUUAUCAUCUCUCUAUUGGAAUCCUGGCAUUCCUAUUAGUAGGAAUAUUCGUCUUACGUCAUGAGACCUCAUUAUUACGGAGUGGAUCCACCGAAUCGCCGUUACCUGGGCCCAAAGACUAAGGAUUCGCUUGGCUAGAUGGCAUAUUUUGGACCAAAACAAAAUAAACAACAAUGAUCCGUGCAAGUCAGGAAGUAUUUUCAGGGUGACGGGAAAAUAUAUUGAAAAGCUGCAUACACCCUCCAAAUCACAUGGUGGUCUCGUAGGGAAGGGAUGGAUUGUGCGAGGUAUUGUCAGAAGGGUUGGAAUGGA